AUGGGUCGUUUGAGUUGCCAGUCAGUCCGAGGCUACUUGUGCAGUUCCACCGUGCACGCGAAAUCAGAGCAAAUCGUCCACAAGAUCAAGGCCAGCAGAGGCUACCUGGGCCCGAUUGCCCGGGCCCAGGUGAAGGAUCUCUGGGGCAGUGAUGGUGAUGGUGGCGUCACUCCUAGUGACCGGGCAGCCCAGAGAGGUGUGAAAGGAAGCAAGGAGAUGCUGUUGGGCUUGGUGGAAGGAUUGGACCUGCAGAAAGGGCAACAAGUUCUCGUGGUGGAUCUGAUGACCAAUAGGUUCAUGAGCCUGGCCAGCGAGGACGAUGAGAGCUUCGCAAGCGUGGAAACGAAGCGCCAGCACCUCAUGGGGCUCUUCCUCAAGGAGCAUUGGGAUGACAGCUUCGAAGCAGGUCCGAAACAGCGGCCAGAUGCAGUCGGCAGGACGCCGACGGCUCCAUCACUCACCAUCCUGGCCAUGAACGACGGCGUGCCCAAGUCCCUGGGCUGCACCUGCUGUCAAUGCAAGUCAAGCAAGCUCGAAAGCCAAGAUGCCGGCACUGACUGCAGGUUGCCAGAGAUGCUGGUGGAGUCAUUGGGGCCGGCUGGCCACGAUCUGGAGAAGUUGAUUGCUAAGUUUCGCAAGGACCACGCAGCGGAUCUUCAGCACCUGCAGGCGCAGUCCUCCGCAUCCCCCGUGGAGCGGGGCAGUGGCAGUGGCAGUACUACGCCAACGCCGACUCCUGCUCGCCGAACUUCCUGCGUGCCUGUGUACCUUGACGGUGAGGAGAUCUUCGAUGCCGCGCACCUCUGGCUACCGGAGGAUCCGCUGGAGCGUGACAGAGUUGGAGUCGAGAUCCUGGCCCGCUGUGCCAGCACGGUAUCGACAAAGCUUGCGGUCAACAUCACCGACGAGAAGAUCAUCUGGCUUGUGAACAGUUCCGAUGAAGAGCUCACCGUGGGGCCAGGGGAGCUCUUUGGGUUCAACCUGAGGGUCUUCGAGGAGAAGCCUGUCGGGUUGCUGGGGGCAGCCAAAUCCAGUCUGCCCUUUCUCCUGAGCAGUGAUCGGCAGCCUCUGGUGCACUUGAGGCAGGACUCUGGCAAGGGCUCGCCAUUGCCCUUCCGGUACAGCAUCCCGCCCAAGCCGAAGGUGAACAUCUUCAGCCCGAAAGCCCUUCCGACCGAGACAAACUUGAUGGAUGGUGUGCGAGCCACCCAGAUUGGUGCAGUGCUGAUGGACCACUUCACCAAUCUCCCCAACAGCCUGAAGUACUCUCUGGCUUGGGAGGCCGGUGCUUGA